AUGAAAAUUGAUGAAGUUAAUUUUAAAGAUAAAACUAAAGUUACAGUAUUUAGUGGUAUGCAACCAACAAGUUCAGCAUUACAUUUAGGUAAUUAUUUAGGUGCAAUGGGUAAUUGGUUAAAAAUUCAAGAUUUAGUUACAAAAAAUAAUAAAGAAGAAGAGGAAUUAUUAAAUUUAUCAGAAUCAUCAUCAUCAUCAUCAUCAUCACAAUCUACAAAAAUAAAUGAAAAACAUAAAUUAAUAUUUUCAAUUGUUGAUUUACAUUCAUUAACAUCAACUAAAUCAUUAUCACCAAAAGAAUUACAAUCAAAUACUAUUUCAGUUGCAAUAAAUUAUUUAGCAUGUGGAAUUGAUCCAGAAAAGGUGAUUUUAUUUAAUCAAUCAAUGGUACCAGCACAUUCAGAGUUAACUUGGAUUUUAAAUUGUAUUACCUCAUUUUCAAAGCUAAGUAAUAUGAUUCAAUUUAAAGAGAAAACUAAAUCAUCAAACGAAGCAUCAGUUUCAAAUGGACUUUUAUCAUAUCCAGUUUUAAUGGCUGCCGAUAUUUUAUUGUAUAAAGCCACACAUGUACCAGUAGGCGAGGACCAAACUCAGCAUUUAGAAUUCACCAGAGAUAUCGCACAAGCAUUUCACAGUAAUUUCAAGAGUAAAUUCUUUCCAUAUCCCUCAAUUAUAACUUCUGAGCAAUCUAAAAGAAUUAUGAGUUUACAAGAUGGUCGUUUGAAAAUGAGUAAAUCUGAUCCAUUAGAGAUUUCAAGAAUUUCAUUAACAGAUACUGAUGAUCAAAUUAAAUUAAAAAUUAAAAAAUCAAAAACUGAUACAAUCAUUGGUAUAACCUAUGAUCCAAUUAAUCGUCCUGAUAUUUCAAAUCUAUUAUCAAUUGCAUCUGAAACCUCUGGUAUACCAAUCACUGAUUUACAAUCUGAAUUUAAAGAUAAAUCAAACGCAAUCUUUAAAGAAUUUCUUUCAAAUUCAAUCAUUAAAAAUAUAUCACCAAUUCGUGAAAAAAUUAAUUAUUAUCAAUCAAAUCCGAAAUUAGUUAGAGAUAUUUUAUUACAAGGAUCUGAAAAAGCAAAUAAAAUUGCAAAUAAAAAUUUAAAUAUAAUUAAAGAUAUAGUUGGUUUAUAUCAUUAA